GGUCCGCAGCGCGCCUUCAGCCGCUCGUUUCCAGGAGCCGAGAUGUGGAAGGACGAACAUGAGGCUCAUUUCCACUUCUUGCUGCAACUCCUCGAUGCCAACCUCACAGACGUGCUGUCUGACUCAGAGGAGUGUGAUUUGGGCAGUCUGGAGCACUUGGAGCGAGGCAGCACCGACACGUUGGCCAAUGGCUGCAGAGUUGACUGUGAGGCCGCCAAGAGGCUGGCCAAGCGCCUGUAUCACCUCGACGGUUUCAAGCGCUGUGACGUGGCCAGACACCUGGGCAAAAACAACGAGUUCAGUCAGCUGGUGGCUUCCGAGUAUCUGAGUUACUUUGAUUUCUCCGGCCUGUCCCUGGAUCGAGCCCUGAGGAACUUCUUAAAGGCCUUUCCAUUGAUGGGAGAAACCCAGGAGAGAGAGCGGGUCCUCGUCCAUUUCUCCAGACGCUACUGUCACUGCAACCCACAGACACCCAGCUCUGAAGAUGGAGCCCACACAUUAACCUGCGCCCUAAUGCUGCUCAACACUGAUCUACAUGGACACAACAUUGGGAAGAAGAUGUCUUGUCAGCAGUUUAUCAGUAAUCUGGAUGGGCUCAACAAUGGCAAUGACUUCCCAAAAGAUUUAUUAAAGGUUUUGUAUAACUCGAUCAAGAAUGAAAAGCUUGAGUGGGCAGUUGAGGAGGAGGAGCUCAGGAAGAGUCUGUCAGAAUUAGUGGAGGAGCAGUGUGAGGGCGGGAGCAAGCGUGUUGCCAGGGUAACGGACGGCAGUAACCCUUUCAUCGCCAUUCCCAUCCUGCUAAACGCAGUCACCUACAAACACGGCGUGCUGACCCGCAAGAGUCACGCCGAGAUGGACGGCAAAAGAACUCCAAGGGGUCGGCGGGGUUGGAAAAAGUUCUACGCCGUCCUAAAGGGAAUGAUCCUGUAUCUCCAGAAGGACGAGUACAAACCUGACAGUGACAUUUCUGAGGUGGACCUGAAGAAUGCCGUACGGAUUCACCACGCGUUAGCCACGCCUGCCAAUGACUACAGCAAAAGACCCAACGUGCUGAAGCUGAAAACAUCUGACUGGAGAGUCUUCCUGCUGCAGGCCCCGAGUGAGGAGGAGAUGAUGUCCUGGAUCUUCCGGAUAAACCUGGUGGCGGCGCUCUUCUCAGCUCCAGCUUUUCCCGCCGCGAUCGGCUCCAUGAAAAAGUUCUGUCGGCCCAUCCUGCCGUCCUCAUCCACCAGACUCAACCAGGAGGAGCAGCUGCUGAGUCAUGAGAGCAAGCUAAAGCAGACCGGUUUAGAGCUGGAGGAACACAGAAAAAACCAGCCCUCGGCCGACCCAAAAAGCCGUGACUGGGAGGAGUACCGGCUUAAAGAGCACUACCUCACGUACGAGAAGACUCGAUAUGAGACGUACAUCAGCCUCCUGCAGGCUAAAAUCCGCGCUGAGACGGACGACCUGGAGAAGAUCGAGGCCAACGUGAUUGGUGGCCUAAUCUUGGACGGGAGCUUGGCAGGUCGAGAGUGCCACCUUCGAAAGACGCAGUCCUCGCCGUCCAUCAGCCAAUCCCAGGGCGGCCAGAACGGGCGGAGCGAUGGGAGCACGGUCCCAGGACAGAGGAGCUGAGAAAUGUGGAAGGAAGGAAGGCGUUGACCCCCUCAGCACUCCAGAAUCUUUAGUAAUUAGUAUGAUGUGUUUUGGGCUCCUCCGAUCCCCAGUGAACUGUCCCGCUCCUUCCCAGAUGUUAUCAAACCUGAUGAAUAUCCUGUCGUUGAGCAAUAGUUGAGGGAAGCUGUGGAACAUCUGUUCUCUCAGCUUCUAUUAUUGCACAUUUGGAACGAUCCUAGCUGUGAUCACCGUUUCAAGCAGCACCGUCAGUAUUAUUUUAGCAUCUCAGAGUCAGGCGCUUGUCUAGUUGAAGUGUCGUUAGCUCUGAGAAGAAGUUUAAGUUGUUUAAAAUGUUUAAAUAACAGGUCAGAAAGAAAGCAGAAACUGUCUGGUUUGCCUUUUUUGGCCCGUUUCUGUCCUUGUACUUCAGCCCUGAAGUCAAUCAGUGGGUAUAAGGAGACAGACACGGUACCACUGUAGCAUUGUUCUGUUUUAACUCCUGUAAUGCAUGCUUACACAGCCAAUGCACUGACAGGCAUGUACAGCGGUGGACCUACAGUACAGGUAGGGUGUGAAGAUGUAACAUAUCUAUCCUGCAGAGAACUCAGAAGGAUAAAAUCCCUGUUUAUCAUAUUUAUUUAUUUAUUUGACUCUCAAAACCUUAAUUUAGCCCAGAACAGGUUUACGCUACGCUUUGUUGUCCUUUUUGCAGGAAGUUUUGUUUUACACGCUUUGCUCUUUUGGAGGCUGCAAAAUGGGAAGAACUGUUUUAGUGAGCUGCUCCACAAGGGGGCUGGAGGUUUAGUGCCUUACUGAAGGGCACCUUGGCUCAGAGCGAUCAAACGACUGCUCAGACUGGCAAAAAUACUGACAUGUAUUCGUUUUAGUUCGUUUUUUUUUUGUUUUGUUUUCAGGAAAUAAGAGGAUUUAGAGAAGUGCUGAAUUGAAAGAAAGAUCUUUCAAGCCAUUGUCCAUGUUAUCCUCUUACCGCUCCAUUUAUAUCCCAGCUGAACAGACACAACGGAUGCAUUACAGUGUCUCUGAAAAGUGUUCCUACUUCCCCAACUUUUUACAUUUUGUCGGAUUUCAAACUGCAUUCUGUGUCGUCAGGGAUCGUAUUGGUUAAACCAACACCAACUCCUGCAUAAUUGGGAUGUGGAAGGUAAACGAUACGCCGGAAUCUAAUUCUUUCCCUUUCUUCUUUGGAAAAUAGCUGAAGUACAACCGUUCAGCGAGCUCCCAUGGACAACAAUUUUAAAUUCACAGUUUGGAACAUUUGGAACGGCCCUAAUGCCUGAUCUAAACCCUUUCAUUAAAGCUUUGGCUAUAUGUUAAGGGUUUCUGUGCUGUUGGAGGUGAAUGGACUAGUUUCCCUGUCCCCACUGAACAAAAGCAUCCCUCAGCAUGAUGCUGCCACCUCCGUGUUUCACUGUUUGUUUUUUGAAGGGGAAUGAUUUGAAGUUAGUUUUCUGCCACAUUAUAAUUUGCAUGUAGAUCAACAGGUUCUUUUUGCCCUUUUGUUUUAUUGGUUCAGAGCCCUCUGAAGGCAAUAACCACACUGUUUUUUAUUUAUUUAGGGUUAUCAGAGUAAGUAAAAGGGGCUUUAGAGAUCUUAGAUUAAAAUUUCUAAAGCAAAUUUAAAAUGUUCCACUUUGCAGUUAUGUGCUAUUUUGCGUCGCUCUAAGGGGCCACAGCUCCAGUCCUCGGGAGAUGCUAACCUGCAUCCUGGUCUAGCACACCAAAUUGCAAUAAAACCCAUUGAAGUUUGCUGCCAUAAGUUGGAGAAUGAUGAACACGUUUUCAGGGCACUGUGACCGCAUACAUCUGGGCGGGGGUAUCUAAUGUAUACAGUAUGUGAAGAGCAGAAGGGGAUGCUGGGUGUGAGGGAUACAGGUUAGGUUGGUCACCGUUUGUGCAAGUGUUCCAGUUGGGAUAUUGAAGCCGAAAGAAUCAAAUAUAGCAGGGUCUUGUUAUUGUAUGAGAAGCUGAUUGAAUGUGUUUGGCCUUCUGCUGGUACAAUCAGGCCUGGAUCUCCCCAAAGCCUCUUCAGCACAAAGGCAGCCUUUAUCUUUGUGACUAAGCAUGCACUAUAACCCCUUACAGUAUCUAACCCCUCUAUGCUGUGAUUUAUCGUAUGUUACAGCAGCCUGUCAUAACUUCUUCUGGCCUGAGACAAUGUCAGCAUUGACUAAAGCCGGCCUCUUAAAUCUCGCUCCCUCCUUGCCCCAUCAGACUGAUUUUAGGAAGCAGAAACUGGCUGAUUGUAAAGUGGAGCAGCAGGACUGCUCCGGCUCCGUGUGUUUAAGUCAAUAAGCCCGUUGGUAUGCAGGAACGGAGGGAGCAACGGCAGCAAAGCAGCCAUCAAAACACUCUUCCUGUUGGGGUGAAGCAGGGGAGACUUGUUUUCUAGGAAAAGGGACUCGUUUAGUUUUCUAUUAGCCUGCUGGCCAUGAACAGGCAAAGCAGACCGUCAGCUCCUGUUUUUCCAAACCAAGAGAAAAAAAAAACAACCUAAUAGGCCUGAAUUUCCUGGAAGGAGAUCUUACGUAAGGUGGUGUGGAGCAGAUGUGGUGGCCCCCUGUUUGUGAACACCUUAACUGAGCCUGACCCCCCCCCCCCCUUCCUUUAAGCCACACAAACAUGUUUUUCAUGUAAUUGUUGAUGACACAACUGUAGAUCAGUAAGUUCAGUAUCCGCUCGCCCAGCCCUGAUAAGGCGCAGUUGAAAUAUUGACUGUGCGAUCUGGAAAGCGCACCUCUGCUGCUCUGGGUGACAAACUCGCAGUGACUGAUGGAGCCUGGGACCCUUUCUGGGACCGGGCUGGAAACCUGGAGUCACAGCUGGAAACCUGGAACCUGACUGACAUUCAGGCUAAAAUGCUGAAGAGGAGCCGCCUUUCUGAAGAGGAGCUACCAGUUUUAAAGCUGUAUGGUUAGGAUAAAAACCGCUUUCUUACAGGGACACUUCCCUGUGUAGUCACUUUGGCUGUUGUGCUAAUUUUUGAUUCCCCAUGUUCUAGGGUAGGCCUGUGCUGUAAAACAGGGAUGUGAAAAAAAUGUGGAUUGUUUUUGUUUUAUUUAAAGAAAAAAAAAGGACAACUUUGGCACUUUGAUGUCAGCAUUUCAUCUGUCUUUUAGUUUUGUUUGUAUAUUUGAAAUUUUUUGACAGAAUGCGCAUACUAUGUACAGAGCAUAUUUACUGAAUAUUUAGUCUGUGCUUCAUAAAGUGAGCUUUUAUACAGAU